AGUAGUUUCAGUCAAUUUAUCAAAUAGCACAUAGCAAUCAACUUUGUCUCGAAAGAGUAACUUGAUUAGAAUUUAGGUUAAAUUUAAUAAACAUAUAUGAGUUAAAUUAACUUUUAUAAAUAAAGUGCAGGAGAAUACACAUAUGGUGUUCUUAAUUAAUGUAUAAUAUGACUUUAAAAGACUUAUUGUUAUGAAAUCCAAAGAUUGAUCAAUACUCUUAAGUUUGUUGAUAUUACCCAUAUUAUUACAAUGUUUAGGAGCGCUCUAAGAAAACUGUUACCCAGAAAAUGUAUGAAGGACAGUAAUAUUUACCACCAAGAAAUCAAUUCGAUAGUCAAUGUUUUUUUGGGAACUAGGGUAUUUUCAGUUACACCACAUAUCUACAAAAAACGAAAAAGUCCAGAAGAAAAGGCAGUAGAGAACACAGGCAGAAGAGUUAUAAGAUAUGCCCCCAAAGCUGGUACAGAAGUGGUGGGUAUAUGGAGGAAUAUGACUGUGAAGGAAAUUGCUGAUGUGCUACACAGAGAUGUGGAUCAUGUUUUUAAAGCACUUGAGUUUGCUGACAAAAACUCUACAAUUGUGUAUAAAAAGGACACUGUUAUAAACAACCCGCAAAUAAUACGAGAUAUUGUUAAGAUAUCUGGAUGCAGAUUUAAACUUGUUGCUAAACCACAAGAAGAAAAUGAUGAGGUUGAGAACAAAGACGCGUACCCGGCCCCACCAGCGGCCCCCGAGGCCCUCCGCCCCAGGCCGCCCGUGGUCUGCGUCAUGGGGCACGUGGACCACGGCAAGACCACACUCCUGGACGCGCUCAGAGAUACCUCCGUCGUGGACACAGAGUUCGGUGGCAUCACUCAGCAUAUCGGAGCUUUCGAAGUGAAGCUGCAGUCUGGAGAGAAGGUGACUUUCCUGGACACGCCGGGGCACGCCGCGUUCUCGGCCAUGCGGGCCCGCGGCGCGCUAGCCACCGACAUCGUGGUGCUGGUGGUGGCCGCCGACGACGGCGUCAUGGAGCAGACCCUGGAGUCAGUCCGCAUGGCGCGAGAGGCAAACGUUCCGAUACUGGUGGCAAUCAACAAGAUAGACAAGCCAGGUGUGAACAUUGUAGGAGAACACGAUGCGGUCGCUGGCCCAGCACGGCGUGGUGUGUGAGGCGGUAGGGGGAGAUGUCCAGGCGGUGGCGGUGUCGGCCCUGCGCCGCCUGCACCUGGACUCGCUGCUGGAGGCGCUCACGGUGCAGGCCCAGCUCAUGGAGCUGCGGGCAGACCCCGGCGGACUGGCCGAG